AGCACUCAUCAGCUUAUAUAUUGAAAGCCUCUCCGCACAUAUUUGGCUUCGUUCGCCGCCGUCGACGCAAUUUGCUUCUUUCAAUCCUCCAUCUCCGACAUCGUUCAUCCUCACCGGAAUCCACGAUGGUGGCUGCAAAGAAGACCAAGAAGACUCAUGAGAGCAUUAACAACAGGCUCGCUCUUGUUAUGAAGAGCGGGAAAUACACAUUGGGAUACAAAACUGUUCUCAAGACCAUUAGAAGCUCCAAAGCAAAACUUGUCAUCAUUGCCAACAACUGUCCUCCUAUCAGGAAGUCCGAGAUAGAGUACUAUGCUAUGUUGGCAAAGGUUGGAGUUCACCACUACAACGGAAACAACGUAGACUUGGGGACUGCCUGUGGUAAAUACUUCAGAGUUUGUUGCCUCAGUAUUAUUGACCCAGGUGAUUCUGAUAUCAUUAAGAGCUUGCCUUCUGACCAGUGAGAGGCGUUCUCGGAAGUUGCUCCAUUGUUAUUAAGAAAAGUAGCUACUAUUUGAUGAGUUUGGCAACUUCAUUUAUCACUUGGAAGAAAGUUUUGAUGAUGUUUUAAUCUGAUUAAUUUAACAAUUUUUCCGAGUUAUCUUUCAAUCUACUAUGUAGACUUUGAUCUGUUCCUCC